AGGCCGGAAGCGCUGUGGCGGAGCGCGGCAGGAAGUGUAGGCCGUUGAUCGGCGCGCACUUCCGCCGCCCGCCUCGCGCCGGGAGGGGCCGUCCGCGCCUGCUGCCGCCUCAUGGCCGCCUCUGUGGAUUUCAAAACCUAUGUGGAUCAAGCCUGCAGAGCUGCAGAAGAAUUUGUCAACAUUUAUUAUGAGACUAUGGAUAAAAGAAGAAGGGCUCUGACCAGGCUGUAUUUGGACAAAGCAACGUUAAUUUGGAAUGGUAACGCAGUCUCUGGACAAGAGGCACUGAAUGAGUUUUUUGAAAUGUUGCCAUCCAGUGAAUUCCAGGUUAAUGUGUUGGACUGCCAGCCUGUUCAUGAGCAAGCUACUCAAAGCCAGACAACAGUCCUCGUGGUGACUUGUGGGACAGUAAAAUUUGAUGGCAACAAGCAGCGCUACUUCAACCAGAACUUCUUGCUGACAGCACAAGCCACAUCUAACAGCACAGUGUGGAAGAUCGCGAGUGACUGUUUCCGCUUUCAGGACUGGGCCAACUAGUGAGGACUGGCUACAGGAAGCGACCUCUCAUUCCACGUAAUGAAGCUAGCUGUUCAGUUGGCCGCUCUCCGAGCGUGGGCUGUGCUCAGUCUUCAUGUUGCAUCUGUCAUUAUGGAAGGUCUGCGGAUGUCUCAGGCUCAAUCCCAGUGACCGUGGCUUUUUUAAUAAACAAUCUGAAAAUGUAACGGGUUGCUCAUGUUAGUUGAACGUAAUGAAAUGCUGAAGGAGUUGAACCUAAGGAAACGCAGAAGGUAAUGAGCUGUGUUGGAAUCAUUCCUAAAAUGCCUUACGUGCAGCUGUGCUGCCACUUACAGACUUUUUGUAUGUAAUGCAGAAACUUCAAACCCAAAAUACUCUUAUUGUAUAGUUCUGACCAAACAUGUAACUGCUUCAACUUGAAAAGGCCUGUUUUUACAGUAGCAUCUUACCUCUUUUGAAGAAGAUGCCUGCAACAUGUUUAUAGAAUUCUCAGAGCUACCUGCUCCUGGUUGUCGGAGGCUUGUGAGGAUUGGCGAUGAUUUCUACUCUUUGUGAAAGUUGCAAAUACAGCCUGUGCGCGUAUAAUCUCUCAAAUAGUCUGUUGGAAAGCUGGUGUUACCUUCAAUGGUAUGGAAGGACUGCGACUUGUCAGUUUUUUUUUUUGACUUAAGCAUCUCAGAAUUUGGUGGUUGUUAAUUUAUAUUGAUCCAUAUUUAGGAAAUUCUGAAUAACUCAGAACUUCAGUGCCAACAACUCUUGUCAAAUACAUGUCAAGAAGUCAAGGACUUCAGCAGCAGUUUUUAUUUUGAAGUCUUGUCAUGUAAGAAAUAGGUCAGUAACAUCAUUUCUGUCUGCUCUGUCAAUUCUGUCACUGUGAAGGACGGAAUAUUCUUCCCAACUAAAGUCUGCAAGUUUUGAAUCCCUGUUAUCUUUUCAGGAAGUAUUGUAAUAAAAAAAAUAAGACACUAAAGGUGUGUAUUACUGUGAAGCCUGCCUUUUUUCUCUUCAGUACUGUUAUUCAGAACAGGUUCUUCGGAUACUUUUAACUUGGCAAAAGAAGCUCUGAACGCAAGUACCAUCUUCCUUGCCUGCAGAUUUUUAUUACACUUUUCGUGUUUCUUAAACAUUUCCCAUAUUUAUUCAUUCUAUUGUAUUUUUUUUCUUGCUUUAAACAGCAGCUUUCAUAGAAUAGUUUUUGUGGGUUCAGGCUAGAAGAUUGUCCAUCUUAACUUGAGAACUUAGAGAGUAAACUGAAUACGGAUGCUUUUAUGUAGUUAUAUGUGUGAUAGUACACUUCCUACUGAAAAUACAGAAGGGGAAAUUGUUAAUACUGUUGCAGUGACAGCAGCAGCCAUCAGGACUGCAGCUCACUUAGUUUUAUAACCUAAAUUGGAAAACUGUGAAAAUGAGCAGUAUCUUACAUUGUAUGAAACACUCAUGGUUGGCAUGAUAUUAUCCUAUAGAUCAUGGGAUACUGAAGUGAAAUGGGUGGCUUUAUGUAAUUUAAAGGUACUUUUUACAUCAUUGGAUGUGCAUUGGAAUUGGCAACCUGACUUAUUCCAGAAGCUGCUGCUAUCCUGAGUGGUUUCUGAAGCUACUGUGUGACUGUUUGUUUUCAACCUGGUUUCUGCAAGCAAUGUAAAAAAUCCAAAACUCUUGAAAAUUGUAAAUACUGUAAAUGCGUUGUUAUAUCUGUAUGUAGUGAAGAAAGGGUUGCUUUAUUCACUGUUUGUAUUAACAGAAUAUGUGAGGUUUAUAUAUUUGCAUUUCUUCUGUGAGUUUGAGAACCCUCGUUGCCUGUUUCUCAUAUAGCACUGCUGAACUGACGCUGGUGUGCUGUGCUUUUCUUCUUUGUUCUUCAUGACAUCGGUAGUGUUACAGUCUGCUUACAUACACCAGGCAGGUUUUGUCUCUUGAAAUGUAGCGAUGGGUGCACCUGUAACAUUUACUUUUAAACUCUGAAUACGUUUGCCAGGACACACACUUAUACUUGCACCUGAUAAGCUUGUUCUGGGAGUAAAUACCUAUUGGAUGUUUGGAUCCAGGUUCUAAUUUGUAUACUAAUUUUGAAGCUCUUUUCUAUGCAGAGUGGGAGAUUUUGAAUAUCUGAGACAAUGUUUUGAUUGUUUUAUUUCUAUUGAUUAUUUUCGUGCUAUUUAAAUAUACACUGCUUUUAAAUCUGGCUUCUGCAAUUAAUAUUUAAGAAAAAAAAAACCACCUACCUACCUGACGUGUUUUGUGGGAGGCUUAUUAACUGUCCAGCUGCACAGACCCAAUUUGUACUCUUAUUUAGUAAGCUAUAUAAUUGGAAUUGGACUUGGUGUGCAUACAGGGAUGUUGGGAGGGAAAUUUAUUAGAGGUUGAUUGAUUUAAUCUAAGGGAAAGUACUAGCCGUGUGCUAUUUACAGCCAAAAACAAAUCAGUCUUGACUGUGCUAUAAUAUCUGAGGUUUACUCCGGGCAUCCAAGAAGUGAACAUUUUCAUGCUCUGAACUGAAACCAGGAGCUAAUACUAGCAGAUUUUUGCUUGAUCCCAAGUUGGUAACGUACAACCAGACAGUGAAACGAAGCCAGGUGAAGAGCUGAGCACUUCCACGUACUAAGCUGUGGCAGCUGAAGUCUUGGUAGAUGUUCUGUUUUGUGUGCGUUCCCUGUAUUGUCUCUAUAAGUCACUGUUCUUAAUGUUGCUUUGUUAUUCUACCAUACUGCAGUUAAAUUGACCUGAAAUACUUGUACUGUUUCUUGGAAUGGAGAAAAGCAAUUUGUUCUUGUGAUACAAAUGACACUUUUGAUAUGCAUACAUUUCAUUACCGUGACUGGGGAAAAGCACAUUAUAAAAGAAAUGCUGUUUUAUCAGCACUUGAGUAUAUUUUGUAAGCUUUCAGAGUUGUUAAAAGACCUCUUGUAAGAUUCCAUUUUUAAGAGAAAGCCCCCCCCCCCUUUUUUUUUUCCUUAAGACAUUUUCGUAGUUUGUUCUUACGAUAUUAAAAGUCCAGGAAAUAA